GGAUCUUAGCAACGUUAAUUGUGAGGAACUAGGGCCUUUGCCUCCAGGUUGGGAAAUCCGGAAUACGGCCACAGGAAGGGUCUACUUUGUUGACCACAACAACAGGACAACACAGUUUACAGACCCACGGUUAUCUGCAAACUUGCAUUUUAUUUUAAAGAGGGACUCGAACCAAGGACCGAAUCUACAUUACCAACAUACCAGUCGUCAGAAUCACCUGAAGGAACAACAGCAGCAACAGCCGCUACCAGCGCCUCCAAUCCUCCUGCCUGAUGAAGCUGAAUGCCUGACUGUGCCAAGAUAUAAACGAGACCUGGUCCAGAAGCUUAAAAUCCUCAGGCAAGAACUCUCUCAACAACAGCCCCAGGCUGGCCACUGUCGCAUUGAGGUUUCCAGGGAAGAGAUAUUUGAG